AUGAUGCGGGCGACUCAGUCCGCGGCCAUCGCCGGCGGUCUCGUUGUGGGCGCGGUGUCGCUGGCGGUGUGUCUGUUCUUGCUGUGGUGCAGCGCGGCCACCUCGCUUGCCGCGCACGUGGGGGGUGGGCCGGCGUCGGAGCCGAAUAUUGUGGCGGAAACCAUGCUGCUUCUCUCGGGUGUGGAGACGGUGGCGCAUAUGAACGUCGCGAACUACGCGUGCUUCGCUGUUAUGGUCGUGCUCGUGGUUGUCCUCAGCCGCGUGGAAGGGGCGCUGGUUUCUGUUGAGCAGGCCAUCGAGAAGAAGGCGAAACUGCCAUCGGUGGAGCUUGUGCGGCACAUCAACGACAACUACGACACCGCCUUGAGGCUAGGUGGCGUUGCGCAUAAGGAGAAGCGGAUGAGGAAGAGGUGA